UUGAAAUAAUAAAUAGGGGCAUCUCAUGCUUACCAACCCCUCUAUGUCAACCACUGUUCCCACCUUUAUUAUAUAGAUGCAGUUCUCUCUCUCUCUCUCUCUCUCUCUCUAUAGCUUUUUCACUCAUUGAUAAUACUUUCUUACCGGGGUUUAGAUCACUUUCUUUUUUUCUUUUUUUUCCUCUUGUAUGAUUAAAGCCUCGACAGGUCAAUCAUUAAUUGUUUUUCUCCAGAAGUGGAGUGGAGUGGAUGAAUGAUGAACAACCAGCAGAAGAAUAUGUUUCACCCAGACGUGUUCGACAGCCAGCAGCAGCACCACCACCUGCUGGACAUGGUGCAGAAGAGCCUGGAGAACGAGAUGGACAGCUUCAUUAGAGACGACGACCACGACACCAAAUCUGGUACAGCUGAGCUAAUGGAACCCCCCUCCGGCGACGACGAUGAUCAUGAUCAAGAUCAAGAAGACCCUAAUCAAAGACCCAAGAAGAAACGCUACCAUCGCCACACUCAGCAUCAGAUUCAGGAAAUGGAAUCGUUUUUCAAGGAAUGCCCUCACCCCGACGACAAACAAAGAAAGGAUCUUGGCCGCCGUCUCGGAUUGGAGCCCUUGCAGAUUAAAUUUUGGUUCCAAAACAAACGCACCCAAAUGAAGGCUCAACACGAACGCCAUGAAAACACCCAACUGAGAAACGAGAACGACAAGCUGCGCGCAGAGAACAUACGCUACAAAGAAGCUCUCGGCAAUGCCGCUUGCCCCAACUGCGGCGGACCUGCCUCCCUCGGCGAGAUGUCCUUCGACGAGCAGCAUCUUCGAAUCGAAAAUGCUCGUUUAAGAGAAGAGAUUGAUAAGAUAUCCGGGAUAGCUGCCAAGUAUGUCGGGAAGCCAUUGCUGUCAUAUCCCCAUCUCUCUCAGGGAGGAGCUUCCCGAACUCUCGAUCUUGGUGUCGGAAACUUUGUGCCGCCGCCAGAGGACGUUUACGGAGCUUCAUCUGAUCUUCUAAGGUCAGUGUCGGGCCCGAGCGAUGCCGACAAGCCGGUGAUCAUCGAGCUGGCAGUUGCAGCCAUGGAGGAGCUGAUCAGGAUGGCUCAAGCUAAAGAGCCUCUGUGGAUUCCCGGAGCUAAAAGUAAUUCAGCCGGUGAAGCAUUGAAUGAGGAGGAGUAUGUCCGAACAUUUCCUCGCGGGAUUGGGCCGAAGCCGUUGGGACUGAAAUCGGAAGCCUCCCGGGAGUCGGCUGUCGUGAUCAUGAACCACAUCAACCUGGUGGAGAUACUGAUGGAUGUGGAUCAAUGGUCGAGUGUGUUCUCCAGCAUUGUUUCGAAAGCAAUGACUGUUGAAGUUUUGUCGACCGGCGUCGCCGGAAACUACAAUGGAGCACUGCAAGUGAUGACUUCUGAGUUCCAAGUUCCUUCUCCGUUAGCGCCGACUCGGGAGAACUACUUCGUAAGGUACUGCAAACAGCACGGCGAUGGGAUGUGGGCGGUUGUCGACGUAUCUUUGGACAGCCUCCGGCCUUCUGCCAUAUCGAAAUGCCGGCGAAGGCCGUCCGGCUGUCUGAUUCAAGAACUUCCCAACGGUUACUCCAAGGUUACAUGGGUCGAACAUGUGGAGAUCGACGAUCGCGGCGUGCACUCUAUCUACAAGCCGCUGAUCAAUUCAGGGCUCGCGUUCGGGGCGAGGCGUUGGGUGGCGACGCUGGACAGGCAAUGCGAACGCUUGGCUAGCGUAAUGGCGAACAACAUUUCAGCCGGAGACAUCGGAGUGAUAUCGUCUCCGGAAGGUAGAAAAAGCAUGUUGAAGCUGGCGGAAAGGAUGGUGAUGAGCUUCUGCACCGGCGUCGGGGCAUCGACGGGACACACAUGGACGACGCUUUCGGGGAGCGGCGCGGACGACGUCCGUGUCAUGACCAGAAAGAGCAUGGACGAUCCAGGGAGGCCUCCCGGGAUCGUCCUCAGCGCCGCGACUUCGUUCUGGCUUCCGGUUCCACCUCAUCAGGUCUUCGAUUUCCUUCGCGACGAGAAUUCGAGAAAUGAGUGGGACAUUCUUUCCAAUGGCGGCCUUGUUCAAGAAAUGGCGCACAUUGCCAACGGCCGUGAUCCAGGCAACGCGGUGUCGUUGCUGCGCGUCAAUAGUGCGAAUUCAAGCCAGAGCAAUAUGCUGAUUCUCCAGGAGAGCUGCACGGAUUCGACAGGGUCCUAUGUUGUCUACGCCCCGGUGGACAUUGUGUCGAUGAACGUUGUCCUGAGCGGUGGAGACCCCGACUACGUCGCCCUGCUUCCGUCGGGGUUCGCCAUACUUCCCGACGGGAGUAACAGCGACUCGUCGACGAGUGGAUCGUUGCUGACGGUGGCGUUUCAGAUACUGGUGGAUUCAGUUCCGACGGCGAAACUGUCUUUGGGAUCAGUGGCAACUGUUAACAGCCUCAUUAAGUGCACUGUGGAAAGGAUCAAAGGAGCAGUCUUGUGCGAGGAGGAGGGGUUUGUUAGCAAGACAUAGACAAUGAUGAUGAUGAUGAAGAAAUCAAGAAACGAAUUGGAAAGGGCAACAACAUUGUAUGUUGUCGGAUGAUUCUGUGAUGUGUUUUAUUUGUGUUAGUUAAUUUUAGUUUGAAUUGACUUGGUUUCCAUUCAUAGUUGGCAAUUGCUUAUUUCAAUCUUUUUUACUUCUUUAUCUUUAUCCAUAAAAUUUGACAUCACAUCA